UCAAUUUUUGUUUGUUCAAUUUGAGAAAAUUCACCUUGAUGUUCAACUAAACGGCUGCAAUGAAGAAUGCAUUAUGCUCAUUGUUGAUCUCAUUUCUAAACGUGUUAUUAAUUCGUUCGAAGUUCCAUACAAUAUGACCGAAGAGAGGACGGAGGUAUUGCUUGAAGGAAUAGUACGUUUUGGUGCUAAGAUGAAAAUAUUGAACUUAUGUGGUUCCGUGCUAAACGAGCAAUCAAUCAACUAUUUAAAGCAAUUGUUAACUAACGGAAAAAUAUCAGAAAUUCUUCGUUUAACCAACUGCAAAGGUGUAGCUGAGUCGCAUCUCACAACUGAAGAUAAAAAACAGUUAGAAAUUGCUGCAAAGAAUUCUACUAAAUUUAUUGGUGGCCUCAAAAUGUACUGGUUUGAAUACGUUGGUCAUAUUGACAUAGACCGUUAUCACGGCAGUAAAUUGGAGUUCUUGAAGAUAAACGGAGUAACAUUCAAUCGAAUGACGGGUCGAAAAGAAACAUUGGCUCGAUAUCUCGUCCGAGACGUUUCAAAUAAAGUUUGGCAAAUGGUGAAACCGGGAAGCAAAAGGAAACAGUCGAUGAGUCAUACUGACGCAAAACAUCAACGCAUUGCCGAGGCCACUGAAAGAGAUUUAUCGGAUAUGUUACAAUCGCAAACUAACAUCAACAAGCCUUCUACCAAGAACAAAAAUACACCUAUAAAUUACAAUAAACGACGAAGAGGUAGAUCUACGUAUAAUCGCGGUGGUCACUGGAGUCACGGCAGCGCCCAGAGCAGCAGCGGCGAAGAUACAAAAUAUACAGGCUACAAAAGUGAUCCAACUGGGUUUUACUCUACUAAUAAUCCUUUCGGAAGAGAACGCUACGAAGAAUGCAAUACUUCUUUCAACAAAGCAUUCCCAUUCAGGAAUGAAGGAGCGACAAUACCGGAAAAGUCAUGUCACCCACCUCGCCAGCCAUAUGAAAAUACACGAUCUUUUUCUUCUUCACAGCGCCGCGAAGCGGGAAUGCCAAAUCGACAACAAUUGCCAUCAGAUUUCGGUCAAUUAUCAACAGCAUACGCGGACAAUCAUGGAAAUUCAGAAGCAACGGGCGGUUAUGUUCACAGAAGCACUUAUCAACUAAGAGGCAACCCUAUUGGUAUGUAUCCGCCUCGAAUGCCAAAUCCUACGUCACCAAACUAUUCUCGUUCGCAGUCAGCUCUUCAGCAACAAGCGGGACAAUUACUCAGCCACAUUUUAAACAGCCCUACUGAUAUGCAUGCACAUCGAAUGCCAAAUCCUUCGCCACCACACUAUUCUCAAAUGCAAACCCAGCAACGGCCAAGACAAUUGAAUUUGCCCAAUCUUAACAAUCCACCUCGAAUGCCAAAUCAUCCGUCACCAGAUUAUUUUCAGGUGCAAUCAGCUACUCAGCAAGCGGGACGAUUAUCAAGUCAUGGUUUGAUCAGCCCUACUGAUGCACAUAGAAUGCCACAUUCUUUGCAAACAAACCUUUUCCGGUUCCAAGCAGCCCAUCAACAACAAACGGGACAAAUACCCAGGCCGGCUUCAACUUUCUAUAACAGAGGUACAGCAACUCCCAUUAAUAUGCCAAAUCAUCCUACAUCGCAACCACAUCUUGCAGAAUCAUGGCCCCAGGCGAGUGUUCCAGCCUCACAACAACGAUCAGGAAAUCGCAACAACUUAUCUCCAACCGCUAAAUUUGAAAUCCAUCAUCACCAUAAUUACAUCAUGCCUCAAGGUUUGUACACUAUGCAUUUUGUCAUUGAUGUUACUUGGCUUGUAAAUAUGAGUGACAAAAAAUUAGUACAACUCUUGAAGUCAUAA